AUGGAGAAGUUCAAGUUCGCCAUCAAGCGAUACAAAAACGACCAGCUGCGAGUCAUCAACGACAAGGCCGACCGCGAGGAGGAGUUCGAACUCGCCAAGAUCAAAAACGAGGCCAACAAUAAAAACGAAGACGUAUUCAAACGCAUGGAGGACAACAUCAAAGUCGCAGAGAAGAUCUUCAAGAGCAGGAAGACCAACGAGUGCCGCAUGUCCGAAAUGAAGGUCAGGUUCGACAUGGUCGAGAAGAUCGAGGAGGACGCCAAGGCCAAACUCAAGAUUCAGAAGGCAGACCUGCCCACCUACAGGGCGCUGCUGAAGCAGCUGAUUAAGCAGGGAUUGAUCAAGCUGCUCGAGGAGGAUGUUGAAAUCCGCUGCCUGCGCGAGGACGAGGCGCUGGUGCGGGAGGUCAUGGGAGGCUGCGAGCGCGAGUUCAACGAGGAGUGCGAGGUCAAGACCAAGAUCGUGGUGAGCACGCAGAACUACCUGGUGGCUGCCGACCUCGGCGGAGUCACCCUCACCUCCCUCAAGGGCAGGAUCGUCUGCGACAACACCCUCAGGGCGCGUCUCAGCUACUGCCUCCAACUGCUCCUCCCCGAAAUCAGAGAACUGCUCUUCCACGAUAGCGACCUCUACCUCGCCCAGCGCAAGAAGGAGAAGAAGGAGGCCGACCUGCAGAGGAGGAGGGCGGUCGCCGAAAACCAAAAGCACUGA